CCGACGUUUGGUCUUUGACGCACCGCGCCUGUUGUGCCGCUGACGUCAAUCCCCUUCAUUUAGACCCCGGAUGAACCUGCCAGUGGGGGAAGUGAAUAGGGCCAUCAAAGCACAGUAAAUGAAAUUUGGUGGAGGGGGGGAAGCUCAAAUAAACUCUUAGCAGUGGACCCUUCGGAACACCUCCAAAUUGGAUUUAAAUAAACGCAUGGGGACUGGCGUAAUUGAACAGUGGAGCUAGCUUGCUACUGACUAACGUAGUAUAUAGAAGAAGAAAAAACUUGCUUUUAGCAAGCUAGCUAACGUUACUCUACUGGGAUCCGAAGAAAACGUAGUUUUUGAGAGAACAGACGUCUAAUUGAAAGGCUUCUACACAAAUCCAGUGGCUUGCUUCAUGAAUUAUGUCUGCAACAAGUAUUGACCCUCAGACUUCAAAAGGACAAGACGCUAAAGUCUUUCCGGUUUCAGUGCAAAAUGGCUCACUCCACCAGAAGGAAACUGUCCAUGAUAACGACUUUGAGCCCUAUCUCUCUGGCCAAUCCAAUCAGAACAACAGCUACCAAUCCAUGACUGACCCUUACCUGUCCAGCUACUAUGCCCCCUCCAUUGGAUUUCCCUACCCUCUUAGCGAGGCCCCUUGGUCCACCGGUGGCGACCCCCCUAUCCCUUACCUGACUCCCUAUGCGCCCCUCAGCAAUGGAGACCACCACUUCAUGCAUGACACUGUGUUUGGCCAGCCUGGGGGACUUGGCAGCAGCAUCUACCCGCAUAGGUUUAACUUUUUCCCUGAGAACCCGGCCUUCUCCGCGUGGGGUACCAGUGGGUCUCAAGGCCAGCAGACUCAGAGUUCAGCCUAUGGGGGCAGCUACAGCUACCCUCCCAGCUCCCUGGGGGGCACACUAGUCCCUGAUGGCCAAACAGGGUUCCACAGUGACACUCUGAGCAAGGCACCAGGUAUGAACAGCCUUGAACAAGGGAUGCUGGGGCUGAAGAUGGGUGGGGAUGUGUCUGGCAGUGGCUCAGGUGUGAAGAGCGUGAGUUCUGUGAUCGGCGGCAGUGGUGCUGUAGCUCAGGCUGUUGCUACAGGCAACGGUGGAACACCAAUUGGCAUGCCCCCUCCUAAGCCCACAUCCUGGGCCGCUAUCGCCAGCAAACCAGCCAGGCCACAGCUGCUGAAGGCCAAGGCCAAGCCGGGCAUGCCCAUGGGGGGAGCUCUGCCACCUCCGCCCAUCAAACACAACAUGGACAUUGGGACAUGGGAUAACAAGGGGCCUAUAAGCAAAGUGGCCCCUCCGCUGCCCCCCCACCACCACCAUCAGCAGCUCCACUCUCAUAGCCAUGCCCACCUUCCCCACGGUCUCCCCCCUCCCCCUCAGCAGUCCAUUCAAUCUGCCCAGUCCCUUGUGCAGCAGAUGACCAUGGGCCCGCCCCCUCCACAGUCAUACCAGAACCACAACUUAGGCCCGUCCCCUCAGACCCGCUGGGUUGCCCCACGCAACCGUAAUCCAGGCUACGGAGGGGGCAGCAUGGACAGCAGCGGUUCCUCUAGUGUCGGGGGUGUUGGGAAUGGAGGGGGUGUUCCUCCAGGUUCUGGCUCAGGUCUAGAGAACCACCCUGUUCUGGAGAAGCUACGGGCUGCCCACAGCUACAACCCUAAGGAGUUUGACUGGAACCUGAAGAACGGCCGCGUGUUUAUCAUCAAGAGCUACUCUGAGGACGACAUCCACCGCUCCAUAAAGUACUCCAUCUGGUGCAGCACAGAGCACGGCAACAAGCGUCUGGACUCAGCCUUUCGUGCCAUCGGUGCCAAAGGCCCUGUCUAUCUGCUGUUCAGUGUUAAUGGCAGUGGGCACUUCUGUGGCGUGGCAGAGAUGCUCUCGCCCGUGGAUUAUGGCACCAGUGCUGGCGUCUGGGCGCAGGACAAGUGGAAAGGCAAGUUUGACGUGGAUUGGCUGUUUGUGAAGGACGUGCCCAAUAGCCAGCUGAGGCACAUCAGGCUGGAGAACAAUGACAACAAGCCGGUGACCAACUCCAGGGACACUCAGGAGGUCCCUCUGGAGAAGGCCAAGCAAGUGCUGAAGAUCAUUGUGGGCUUCAAACACACCACCUCCAUCUUUGAUGACUUCUCCCACUAUGAGAAAAGACAGGAGGAAGAGGAGGUUGUCAGAAAGACCUAUGAGCCAAUUCCAAUACAGCGAGGGUCCCGACUUGAUCAGGAACACCAAAACCGAAGUAAACCACAAUAGAAGACCACUCCUUAUAGCUUGAUCAACGGUUGUACUUGGAUGGACAUAUUGAAAUUUAGGUCAUAUAAAAAACAAGAGGACAUAAAGAAAUUUGUAACUUAUUUCUUUUUCUAUUUAAUUUUGAUGACUUUGGCCCACAUCAAACUUUGAGCCACCUUGCUCCUGGUCUGGUUCCCAGUCUCCAAGUUGUGUGCACCAAUCAAAUUGCUUCAUCAUUUUUAGUGUUCUAUAUUCUGUAUUUUAACCCUGGUCUCCUAUUUGUUAUACAUGCACAUCCUUAAUUAUGAUUAACAAAUAUCUGCACGUCUUUAAAAAAACAUGCUGCUGAUAUUCAGUGACUGUUCAACUUGUGGUGUGAGUGUUGGAGAAACUUUAAGUGCUUGUAUUGCUUGUUCUGAUUUAGGAAGAGUGAAUGUGACAACAGAAUCUUGACAAAUGUUUGAUAACUAUACAUGGAACAGUUUUAUUUUGCAUAAUCAAAAGAAGUGUUCUGUUUUGCCUUUGUCCAUCUGAGAGUGGUUUGUGGAUGGUAGAGGAUUGUCUAUCCAAAAAGCUUCUGCAAAUGAUUGAUAUUAUGGAUAAAGUGAAUGUUUUUUUAAAAAUGUAUCACUUGGCUGAUCACUGUUGUGACAAACUAUGUGGAAGAGAUGUUUUCACAAAUUUUUUCAGAGUGGAGCCUUAGCAUUUCUUUCUGACAACAGUGUCAAUUAAAUUAUAUUUGCUCUACUGUACCUCAAGUGUGUCAGCAAAAAGAUUCAAAGGAAAGAUGUCUAGAACAUCCACUCUCAAGGAAGGUCCCUCGCUUUGUUUUGGAUGGGGUGGAAAUGCAAACACUCAGUUCAGGUUCUUAGCCAGACAAUACGAUUGUCUUUUCCCUUAUUUUAAAUCAUGUCUUUCCUUUAUCAUAUCUGUUACAUGUCUCUGUUCCCUGUUAUUCCAACAAUGGGGGUCCCUGUUUAAGUCACUUUGGGGACAAAAUGUAGCAUGUACUGCUUUUAAAUUCAAGAUUGGCCUGUCAUUUUGUUUCUGCGCCUUGUCAUUUCCAUACGGAAUUCAAAUGUGGAUAUUUUUCUUGCUAUAACCCUUCCACUUCAUCCUCAGAAAUGUUAAGCUUUAAUGUACUGGCAAAGCUAAUUGAGAAGCCUGAAAUGUGUAUCCUUAUAAUUAAUGUUACUGAUUUAAUGUCAAGUGUAUGAAAACCCAGAGAAUGGUCUUUAUGGUAUCUGUGUGAUUUAUUUAAUUUUGGGGGGGCUUGCUGUACUGUGUAUGUCUGUAUGCAAGUGUGAAAGACUGAGAGGGAGUGUGAUUAUUGAGGGAGUCAGAUUUAUAUAAUGGUAUAGGAAGUGAUUCAUGAUAAUAUAUGAACAUUUACGAAAAUAAAUGUAGAAAACAAACGUUUAAGUCACCCCUGAAUUAAAUAUGCAUUGUAUCAAAGGUCACUAUCUAUCACAUUCUUAGAUUUGAUCAUGGUCAUUAUUAAAGGUAUACUAUCUGUUGUAA